AAAAAAAAAAAUAAAAAUCAAUGUGUGCUAUAGACGCAAAAGCCACGAAGAAGCAGCAGCUCAGCUGAGUGCGCCUGAAAGUGCGUGAGUGUGUGUGUUGUGUGAGUGUAGGAGGCAGCAACAGCCAACAGCCAACAGCGGAAGGCAAGUGAAAUCAAUAUUUUUGCAGCUAAAAUAGACUGCAACAAUGUCCAGGUCUCUAAUUGCGUCAACAAAUUAGUUCUGCACUGAGCAAAAAGUGUGCCUUUUCUUUCUUAUUUUGGACACCGAUCUUCUGCGAGAAAGAAGAAAAGCAAACGGAAUAAAUAAUGGAAUUUUAACAGCGUUUUGAAAGAACACUUCUGGUUGAGGAAGCAGCUGCAGUAGCGUCAGAAGCUAAGCCAGAGGCAUCGGAGGAAGCAGAUCCAACAAAGAUCUAGUGGACCGUGUGUUUCCAAGUUUCCAAGAACAGGAUGAUACCCACCAGCAUCACCAACUCGCCGCCACCAGCGGGCUUGGGUCAGAAUGGAGCGGCUGCCACAGCGACUGGGGGUGCGGCGGCGGGUCUGAGUACGGGUGGCCUCCAGUCAGCCGGGGCUCAGAACAAUUUCAACGCCACAGUGCUGGGCCUGGCCUCGCUCAUCCUCGAGGGCCGACCCAUUUCCGAUGACGAGUAUCAGCAGCAGCACGUGGUGGUGGCAUCUGGAGGUUCUGGAGGAGGUUCCGGCGCCAAUAGCCUCGUUGGCCGCCUCUCGCCACGUCCCUCCACUUCGCGAGCCGCCAUUAACAUAACGACGAAUCCCUAUGGUUCCAUGGGAGGAUCAGAGAGCCGAGCCGGAAACGGAAAUGGAAGUGGUUCAGUCGGAGGAGGCGGAGGAGGAGCAGCCAGCAGCAGCUCGUUGACCCACCAACGCUGGACACAGAAACUGUGCCAGUUGCGACAAAUCUCACCGGCUGCCCAGGCGAUGAGUGCCGAGCCCGAGCUGGUGGCCCUGGCCAUCAAUGAUCUCAACAAGGAUCAUGGCGACUAUGAGAUCGUGCGGCGAGUGAUGCUCAACCGAGCGGGGGGAAUGGGAGGUGGUGGUGGCUUGAGUGGCAGUAGUGGAACUGGAGGCACCAACAAUUCCAGUGCCGCCAGCUCCCCAGGCUCCAAUUCGUCGGAUAACAUUCUCCUUUCCCUACAAUCGCUGGCCACGACGUGUUUGAGAGGCGGACCCGCCCUGCCACCACCAGCCCCGGUUGAAACGCGCCCCCUUAACCUGUCCUUUGUCUGGUCGGGAUCGGGGGGAUCACCGAGUGGACCCGUAGUCGGAGUGGGGGGAGGAGCAGCGGGAGCUGUAGCAACCACAACCAGCACCACAACAUCGGCCACUGCCAGCAACGGAGCCACUGGCUCCGCAUCGAGGCCCAAACACGGGCCGCAUUGUGAUCAGUUCCUCAGGAAGAUGGGUCUGGCCAAGGGCGAGACUCCGUCGGAGAUUGAGGAGCACAUCUGUGAUAUGUCCUACGUUAAUAUGACCUGCAAUCGUUGGCGCGCCUACUGUAUGAAAAUGGAGGCAAUCCUGGCCAGGCGUGAGCCCGUUUGCAUCGAGGUGUACCUGGGUCCAGUCAGCCACAAACUGCUAUUGGAGCAGUGGAUCAUCAGCGGCAAGGAAAAAGUUCCUCCGCCCACGAUGACCCUACCCUCACUUUGCAGUGCCAUCCGAAGUCAGUUGUACUUCUCCCAGAUAGUGGCCUGGUGCGAUCUGCUCCGCAAGUGUGAUCCCUCGGUGUACGAUAGCGGUCGGGUGAUCUUCUCCAACUGCGCCAACAAUGCCGGCGAUCUGGCCACCAGCUACACAUCCAGUGGCGGUGGGCCGAGGAGACCUCGUCUCAACAUCUUCUACAGGAUCAAGCAGCACACGACCACCGGUGGCCAGUUCCAGGACGAUGGCUUCAGCGCCAAGGCCAAUGUGCACAACUUUCCCAACGUGAAUGUCUCGGAGAACUACAGUAUCUCGGUGUGCGUGAGGAGCUUGCCGCGGAUAAACGGUGGCCUGCCUCAUGUAGAGCCACUGGUGCCGAGUCCAGCCACCAGACUCAAGCUCCUUGCCGCAGAUCCGGCCAGCACACCGACUGGCGGCGGGGGGCUACACGCGGCUACGCCCACUGGCCUGGGAGCGAGGAUUUGUGCUGCCACCCCCACGACGUCGGCCAGCGGAUCCCAUUGUGAUAACGGAAAAACGGGAGUAGGCCUGGACGAUCUCGAUGGGGAUUCCAGCCUGAGCCACCGCGAGAGACAGCUACAGAAGUACCGGAAGCGAAUGCAGCGCAGGGAUAAGAAACGGGAAAGGAAGUUAUCCCCUGAUAGGCCACACCACGCCGAGGAGCCCAUGGAGGAGGGCGAGGAGUCGCAGUCGUUGACACAGUCGGAGCCGCAAUCCCUGGCCCUGACACUGCAACAGCCGCGACGCAUCGCCAUGAUCUCCACGGGCACCCAGACGUCCCUUAGCAGCUGCCAGCAGUGCGGGAGCGAGAAGACCCUGCUCUGCCUCAGCUGCACAGGGGGCGUGGGAUGUGGUGCUGACAAUGGUGCGGCCACCAAGGGGUCCAAGGAGAGGGCGUCGUCCGCCAAGCUAGAGGAGCUGGAUGACGGCGACACGACGGCCUCCGAAAUGGAGGAAACAUCCAGCUGCAGUCUCAGCAGCGGUGAUCUCAUCGUGGGUACGCCGCGAAACAAGGCCGAGCUGCUGCUUCAGGCCAUCCAGCGCACGCCAAAGAAUCGUAGCCGGAAGCCCCAGCAUCCGGAAGUGGCCUGCCGCAAUUCAGAUCUCAGUGGGGGGCAGAACAACAAUCAGGCCAAGGUCACGUCCGCCAGUAGCGGCUGUCAGGUGUGCAAGCGCCAGAAGACGCAACACAACUUUUCGAAUGGAAGCAACGGCAGCAGAGGGAAGGAGCAGUCACCCACCAACGAGAACCACAACAGUAAUGGCUACGGUAGCAUGGAGCAGGAGGCGGAACAGGCAACUGAUGCGCGGAACGCCUCCACGAAGCUGACGCCCAACAUAGAGCGUUGCUCACUGAAUCCCUCCGAGCGAUGCAAGACACCACCAUCGGGAAUCGAUGACCACAUAGUGGUGCAGUUCAAAACGCCGCUGAGCCAUGUGGCGGCCAAGCCCCAACCCGAUGCAAUGGUGCCCCUGCAGCAACAAUCUCUGGGCCGGUCCUCGCCCAAGCCCAACCAGCUGCGGCUGAACUGUGGCAAUGGCUUGGCUGACAACGAGACGCCGCCACAGAGUAUAUCGCCGCUGAUGCGGAAGGCCCUGCCCAAGGUCAACCUCACUACCAUCUUCUGCAGCUCGGCCCCCAUUGCCAUCGGGGGUCCUGCCUUCAGUUUCGAUCCAGCCUCCCUGAGUCAUGCCCACUCGCAGCUAUUGGCGCCGGACGUGGGCGCCACACCGCCAGUGCAGAAAUCUUUCUCUGCUCCCACUUUGCCGAACUCGGCAUCGCUCUCGGUGUCGCCCAGAUUCGCCAAACAGGCGCUGGCUGCCCACAAGCGGCGAUCCCGUCACCUGAGCGAUCGCAGCGACCGCAGCUCUCUGGGCUCCGAUGAGCAACUAUCUGACGAGGAUCUCGAGUCGGGUAUGUGCAGUCCGGCGGGUGGGUCGCCGUGUAAGAGUCGCGCUCGCUUGGCGGCCCAUUUUGGAGGGCGUCCGCUUCUGGGAAAUCUCGAGGAAUCCCUGCUUCAGCGCCGUCUCAUGCCCAAAAUCGAGGUGAUGGGCUUUAAACUACAGCUGGGCGCCUCUGGAGGAUUCUGUCCCACUCAGCUGACUAUCCCAGCGGUUUCCUACUUCUACGAGCUGCACGGCGAGACUCUGAGCACCCCCUACCUGUGCGAGAUUCGUCUGCCACGGAAGGGAUACUCGGUUCCGAGGACUGGAACGGUACAGGCCACACUACUGAAUCCGAUGGGCACGGUGGUGCGGAUGUUUGUGAUACCUUACGAUAUGCGGGACAUGCCGCCGCUGCAUCAUACCUUCAUCCGGCAGCGCAUACUGGCCGAAGAGGUUGGUCAGGAGCAGGAUUCUGGUCCGAGAGUGCCGCGAAGCCCCACAGCCAACAGCACUACCAGCAAACUGGGUCACUUUAUCACUUCCGAGCAAAUGAAGCGACUGCGUUACUCCAUUCACCUGAGGUUCCAGACAUCGCGCUCUGGACGGCUGUCUUUGCACACAGACAUCCGCCUGCUGAUCUCACGGCGCACCGACUGCGACACGGCUGCCGCCCAUGCCAAGGGUGUGUUGGAGGCGCCCAAUGAACUGGUCACGGACACCCUGAUGCCUGGCGAGCCUCGCUACAGUGCCCGGCAAGAGAGCGCCAGCAGAAUUUAGUAGCUACUGCAAGCCCUGGGCGGCACCUACGAGCUAUUCCGUCGCCUGUGCCAGCAGCUUCAGGAUAAGUGGCAGCAACUGCAGCGGGAACAGCAGGAUCUCUGGCAGUGGCCCAGAUACCAGUUGUAGGCGAAGGAUAUGGCGGAGAUGAGGAGGCCAGGAGGCGAAACAAACUCCUGUGUGUGUUUGUGUGACAACCAACCAACAACUGCUUUACUAGUUUAUCAUUUAAUCUAAUCCCUAAGCUUAAUUCUUUGUCGGAUUUAUUUUUUUUUUGGAAAUUCCACCUUGCAGAAGGUUGCCAUUCGUUUAGUUUUUUGAAUUUCUCGAAAAUGUUUGUGCGAAAACAUUGCAAUGUAAAAAUGUUGAAGAACUUGAAUAUGAAAGCAAUCGAAUUAGUCGGACAGCAGUCAGUCAGACGCGCGAAUCAAAUCUAAUUUUAUCCUUUGCAACUGCAACUGCAACUGCAACUGCAACUGCAUCUGUAUCUGCAAAUGAAAACUAUCUGUAUCUAUGGGGGUCCACUUUUAAAAGAUGAGCAGAGAAAGGAAAGCAAAGUUAGCAAUACUACUAUGAGUAAACUAUGGAAAGUGUGAGAGUGAAAACGCAAGGGAGUAGUUCAUACCUAAGUAGGGAUGCAUACAGAUAUCACAUACAAUAUAUAUAUAAUGAUAUAUAUUUAUGUACCGUAAUGUAUAGUCGUCGUCGUGUAGCGUCAACAGUUUUAAAUGCAAUUUUGUGGGGCAAAUAGAUAUUGUGGGUGGGGACAGAAAAAUAAAGGGAUACAAGUUGGGGGAAAGUACAUACGUUGGAUGCGCUCAUAUCGAUCGUUGUUGUUAGUGGUAGCGUGUUUUAGUCGCAGAUAAAUUUGUGAAGCCUUUUGGGUUGAGUGAAAGUUUCAAUUUUUGUCAACAUUUUUUUGUUUUUUAAGUUGGCGUUUCCGUUUCGAGAGUGUCUAUUAAGCGUGCCUGUGAUACGAUAUGAGCUGCAUAUGGGGUCUAUUCUAAUAGAUUUUUUUAGUUAAAUACAAUUGACAAUUACAUUUUUUUGUAUAACUUACAUAAAUGUUUAUAACUUUUGGGUUAUUUUCUUCUCACUAAAAAUUAGUUUCUUUUCAAUUGAUACCUGACUAUAACUACUUUAUAAACGUACUCCUUCUAUUAACAAAUUUUCAAUCUAGGUGGUAUGUAAAACUGAUUACAGCAGAAAACAAGUAUAUAAAACAAAAGAAAAAAAAGCGAAACAAUAAAGCCAAUUGACGCCAUCGAUAUUGGAAAUCAUAAAAUUUACUUCGUUCAAUUUGUUUUAAGUAGAGAGCUUAAUGUGCGCUGUCAAUAGCAACUACAUAUAUGUCUAACAAUAACACCAAUAUACACGAUUCAAUAAAUA